GAAUUUUUAUUUUGAAGGAUUCAAACCCCUUGAAUUUUCCUCCGGUUUUUAAACAGAGAAUCGUCUUCGACAAGCCGCUGCCCUCAACUUUUCACUCCUUGCCCUUUUGAUUGUUGGGAAUAUUAUCAGAUUUCAAACAUAGAAAAGGAAAGAACUGAAAUUUCUAGGGUUUCGUUUCUUGGGCGCGGAAGUAAAGCGAGAGCCAAGUUCUAUCAAGACAUCAGAGGAUAAAAAAAAGAGCAUCUUUUGCCCUACCUGCUCUAAAUUAUCUGGAUCAGUUCUUAAACGAGUUAAAGAUUGAAUCUUUAAUCCUCCCCACCUCAGAUGCCUUGGCUUCUCUCCCAAACCAAGAGAGGAGAUGAUUAAAACUACUUGGUUUCUCUCUCAAAUUGACAGCAGAAAUAGCUUCCAGUAUUCUCAACGCAAUGCUUUCAGGAAAGACUCCUUGCCGCUUUCCUCAAUCCAAUCGCCGCCAUCUCCUUCCCUACCCGCAAGCAAUAGCAGAAUCAGCCCUGCGGUGCUCUUCAUCAUUGUAAUCCUUGCAGUCAUCUUCUUCAUCUCCGGCCUUCUUCAUCUCCUUGUCAGAUUCCUCAUAAAAAAAGGGCCUUCCGCUUCCCGCCGCUCCAACCGCAGCACAAACACAGCUAUCACGGGCGAUUCAGAUGCACUACAAAGGCAGCUUCAGCAGCUCUUUCACCUCCAUGACUCUGGCCUCGACCAAGCAUUCAUUGAUGCGCUUCCAGUUUUUCUUUACAAGGAGAUCGUCGGUGCAAAGGAGCCAUUUGAUUGUGCUGUCUGCCUUUGUGAGUUUUCUGAUGAUGACAAACUCAGGCUUCUUCCUAUUUGUGGCCAUGCCUUUCAUCUUAAUUGCAUUGACACUUGGCUUCUUUCGAAUUCCACGUGCCCUUUGUGUCGUGGAGCACUCUUCAUUCAGGGGCUUGCAAUUGAAAAUCCUAUGUUCGAUUUUGACGACUUGAGGGAGGAUGAGGAGAAUCCAGAUGAAAACCAUGAAGAAAAAGUAUCAGAAUUAGAGGAGAUUGUUUCAGAGAAGAGAGUUUUUCCUGUUAGACUUGGAAAAUUUAGAAGUGCGAGCAAUGGGAUUUAUAGUGGUGAUGGGAACCAUAACAGUCAAAUUGCUAAUAAGGUUGAUGAUGUUGCUGUGAGGAGAGAGGAAGGGGAGACUAGUAGCAGCAAUUUGGAUGCGAGACGGUGCUUUUCUAUGGGUUCUUAUCAGUAUGUGGUUCAGGAUGCAAAUCUUCAGGUGGCGUUGAACAGCGGAGUGAGGAGCGGCGAGGGUAAAAGUUCAAGAGCUAGGGUGGGAUUGAUUCGCAAUUCUGCAGCAGAGGAUGGUACUUCUGAGGGGAAGAGACUUCAUGCUGGGAGCAAAGGUGAGAGCUUUUCAGUUUCUAAGAUAUGGCUGUGGCCUAAUAAGAAAGGUAAGCUCCCCAUCUCUGAUGCAUCAAAUUCUGAAGGGGGCUUGCCAUGGCUGAUGAGGAGGAGCUCUUAUGAUACCUGAAAGGUGUUCUUUUUUAUUUUCAUAAUCUGUUCCUGUUUCAUGGUGGUGGUUAUUGGAAUUUCAUCAAUCAAAUUCAUAUUUUGAUGCUCUUUCUACUUGAUCA